AUGAAUACUCAUCUCACCGCGUGGGAUCCACAAUUUAACGGCCACGGCCAUUCAGAACCAUUCAGGGCCUCGGUCUCAAUUACCUUCAACAUUCCUUCCCCAAAAUCGGCUCGUCGCCCUGCGAACAUACCGUUACGAACAUUGUCUACAGCGGGUCGAUCCAACCCUAGCCAAGGACUGCUGGGCUCGGACGAGAAGCAGGGUCGGCGGUCUUCCCUUUCGCGCUCAUCGUCACCUGGUUCCGAAUUUUCGUGGAGUGACACAGGUGAUCUCGCAGAGCAACUUGCAGACGAGGAAGACCCGUUACAAAUUCGAUUACGAGCAUCCCUUGACGAAGAGGUUUUUGGUGGCUCUUCCAAAAGAAAGUCAAGAAAAAGGGUUCGAUAUAACGACGAGACCAACAGCAAACAAGAGAAACACUACAAUCCUGGACUUGUUAAAGAGGAUAUCAAGAUUCCAGAUCCUAGCCCUCGACGAAUAAGUAGAGUUGAGCAUAUUCUAGCCUCAAUCAUGUCGGGAGGUGAGAGGCAGAUGCAUGGCCUGACAGGCCGGCCAUUAGUGUAUUUUACUAGUAUUUUUGUAUCAUUGGGUGUGUUUUUAUUUGGAUAUGAUCAGGGAGUUAUGUCUGGCAUUAUCACUGGUCCUUACUUUAAAGAUUAUUUUAAUCAACCUUCCCGAGCUGAGGUCGGCACCAUGGUUGCUAUCUUGGAAGUCGGCGCAUUUAUUUCCUCCCUCGUCGUUGGGAAGGUUGGUGAUAUAAUAGGGCGAAGAAGGACAAUUUUAUAUGGGUCCUGCAUCUUUUUCGUUGGAGGCGCACUUCAGACAAUGGCUACUGGCAUGCCUAUGAUGCUUCUCGGUCGUAUCAUUGCAGGUGUUGGUGUUGGUAUGCUCUCAACGAUUGUGCCCAUAUACCAGUCCGAGAUAUCACCCCCACAUAACCGUGGUAAGCUUGCUUGUAUUGAAUUUUCGGGCAACAUCACAGGAUAUGCAACCUCUGUAUGGGUGGACUAUUUCUGUAGUUACAUCAAGGGAAAUAUGUCUUGGAGGAUUCCUCUAUUGAUGCAAUGCGUCAUGGGCGCACUUUUAGGUGUUGGAAGUUUGAUUAUUGUCGAGUCACCAAGAUGGCUUUUGGAUAACGACCAUGAUGAAGAAGGUAUGGUAGUUAUUGCCAAUCUCUAUGGCGGUGGUGACAUUCAUAAUCAGAAGGCGCGAGAAGAAUAUCGGGAAAUCAAGAUGGAUGUAUUGCUGGCUCGCCAGGAAGGUGAGAAAUCUUAUAAAGAUAUGUUUCGACGAUAUCGUACUCGAGUCUUUAUAGCCAUGUCGGCGCAGGCUUUUGCCCAACUUAACGGCAUCAACGUUAUAUCAUACUAUGCUCCUCUUGUCUUUGAAUCCGCAGGGUGGGUCGGCCGUCAGGCGAUUCUGAUGACAGGUAUCAACGCUAUCACGUACUUCCUGUGUACCAUACCGCCAUGGUAUCUAGUAGAUCGAUGGGGCCGACGCUUUAUUCUUAUGAGUGGUGCAAUAGCUAUGGUCAUCUCGCUAUCCGCUAUCUCUUACUUCUUAUUCCUGGACAUAGGAGCUACACCUACUUUGGUUGUCAUCUUUGUCAUGAUAUAUAAUGGAGCAUUUGGAUUUAGCUGGGGGCCAAUUCCAUGGCUUUACCCACCCGAGAUUCUUCCCCUCAGCAUACGAUCCAAAGGAGCCAGUCUGUCAACCGCCACGAAUUGGGCUUUCAAUUGGCUCGUAGGAGAAAUGACGCCUAUCUUGCAAGAAGUAAUCACAUGGCGUUUAUACUUGGUUCAUGCUUUUUUCUGUGCAACAAGUUUCGUUGUCGUAUACUUCAUUUAUCCAGAGACAGCCGGUGUAAGACUGGAAGACAUGGACAUGAUAUUCGGUGACGCGACUACAGCAAUGCCCACGCCAGCGACCAGAGCCGAAAGUGGCUCGUUGAUGGGCAUCAGUUCGCCUGUUCCUUCUGUUGACUUGAGACGUGGAUAUGGUGGUCCGAAUGGUGGUAUUGGACCUUCAAGUGCCAUUCCAGGUCUUGAUAUUGACCCGCCUAAUGUUUCGAUUGUCAAUGGAAAGCCUCAAUAUGGGGCAGAUGAAGAGUCGGGAGAAGGCGUCGGGGGGUGGAUCUCACGUAUGGUGAACAGGAACAAGGGCGAAGGGGAUACCAUCAAAAGUGGAAAGUAUAAGCCAUUAGAUCAAGAUGAGGAAUGA